AUGGCCUUCCGCCUGGCGCGGCUGGGCGCUGGGCCCUGCUGGCGCGGGGCGCGCGGCGGCGGCGCGGGGCUCGGGGCCGGCUCCCGGCGCCUGUGCCGGCCCCCGGGCGCCGCGGGCGCGGAGCGGAGCCGCGGGCUGGGGCUCGGCGCGGCGGCGGCGGGCGGCGGCCCCGGGCGCCGGGGGGCCGGGCUGGCCGCGGCGCUGGCGGGGCUGGCGGGGCUGGCCGCCGCCGCCUGGGGGCACGUGGCGCGGGCGGACAUGGUGCCCAGGAGCGCCUCGCCGCCGGGGCGGCCGGGGGAGAAGGAGCGGGAGGAGGAGGACGAGCUGGCCCGCCGCUGCCGCGGCUUCAUGGCGCCGCCGGUGACCGACCUGCGCGAGCUGCGCGGGCGGCCGGGCGACAUGAAGACCCAGAUGGAGCUGCUGAUCCUGGAGACGCAGGCGCAGGUGUGCCGGGCGCUGGCGCAGGUGGACGGCGGCGCCGGCUUCUCGGUGGACCGCUGGGAGAGGAAGGAAGGAGGUGGGGGCAUCAGCUGCGUACUUCAAGAUGGGCAUGUUUUUGAGAAGGCAGGGGUGAGCAUUUCUGUCGUUCAUGGACAUCUUUCUGAGGAAGCAGUGAAGCAAAUGAGAAAUAGAGGGAAAAAUCUGAAGACUAAAGAUGGUAAAUUGUCGUUUUCUGCUAUGGGUGUGAGCUCCGUUAUCCACCCCAAGAAUCCUCAUGCUCCUACCAUCCACUUCAACUACAGAUACUUUGAAGUAGAAGAAGCCGAUGGUAACAAGCAUUGGUGGUUUGGUGGGGGAACUGACCUUACUCCCACGUACUUGAACCAGGAGGAUGCCGUCCAUUUUCACAGAACUCUAAAGGAGGCUUGUGACCGGCAUGGCCCAGAUCUCUACCCUAAAUUUAAAAAAUGGUGUGACGACUACUUCUACAUAGUCCAUCGUGGGGAGCGCAGGGGCAUCGGGGGUAUUUUUUUUGAUGACCUUGACUCUCCAUCCAAGGAGGAGGUGUUUCAGUUUGUGCAGAGCUGUGCCCAGGCUGUCGUUCCUGCUUAUAUCCCCCUUGUGAAAAAGCACCGCGAUGACUCAUUCACCCCUCAGGAGAAGCUGUGGCAGCAGCUCAGGAGGGGACGGUAUGUGGAAUUUAACCUGCUCUACGAUCGGGGUACAAAGUUUGGCCUCUUCACUCCGGGAUCCAGGAUCGAAAGCAUCUUGAUGUCUUUACCUCUGACUGCUCGAUGGGAGUACAUGCAUUCACCCUCAGCGAACUCCAAAGAAGCAGAAAUUCUGGAAGUUCUUCGCCAUCCAAGGGAUUGGGUGCAUUGA